AUGGCGGCUCCCUCCUCGCCGUCUUCCUCCUGCGAGAUCGUGGACCUCGCCGUGGCAGCGACGCUCGGAGAUGCAACCUCACAGCUGUUCUUCAGCAAAGACGGCGGCGGCGGCGACUUGUCUUGGCCGGAGGCGGCGGCGAUCGAGUCCACGCUGACCAACAAGGAAUCGCUGGUCGCCCUGUGCGACAAGUACGGGGUGCCCAGGGAGUUGGAGCCGGUGUGCGCCGGCAAAAUCGCGGCGUGCAACAGGCCGACGGAGGGCCAGGGCUCGAAUGCCCUGUGCAUCUACGCCGACGCCCUCGAGGCCGGUCUGCGCUUCCCCAUGCCCGUGUUCUACGGGAAGCUCCUCCGACACUACGACCUGGCGCCAAGCCAGUUGACCCCUAACGCGUGGGCGUACAUGGCGGCGUUCUUGCAGCGCUGCAAGGAUGCCGGCGUGGAGGAACAGCAGGUUUCGGCCUUCACGUACUUCUUCUCUCUGUGCGCGCACAAGCACAAGACAAGCCAUCGGGGUGGCACCAUUUCCGCCAGUGCGCCGGUCAUCCCCGCCUCUUCUACGGCAGUCUGCCCACCAAGCACGGCUGGAAAUCGAGCGCCGCCGUCGCUGCAGGGAAUGGAAAUUACACCAGGUACAUCCUUCGAUGGAGCCUCAGGUAGCAGCGAGAUCUCCCUGCCGCCGGGGAUUUGGACAGGCAACUCCGACUAUGAGUAUGACAUGGUGCGAAUGCAAGGCGAGCAGCGGGACAACCAGAUCGCGCAGCUUCAGGUCAAGUUACAAGAGUCCGAGGCCAAGUCACGAGAGUCCGAGGCCCUGGAUGACAAGUUCGUGGAGUACCUGUAUAUGAAAAGUAACGAGAAUGAUCUUCUCAAGAAGAAGCAUGCCCGGCUCAUCGAGGAGCAGGCGGCCGUCGUCGCCCGUGUGAAGGCAGAGCGCGCGGCCGACGUUGCUAAGCUCCAGGAGGAGCAUGCCUCUGCAGUCCUACAGCUCACAAAGCACCUCAACGACGAGCACGCGGCCAGCAUCGCUCGGCUGAACGAGGAGCACGCGGCUGACCUCGCUCGUGUGAAGGAGAAGCACGCUGCUGAGGUUGCCAAGCUCAACCAGACGCAUGAUGCUGCCGUCACCUGGCUCAUGGAGGAGCACGCGGUCGACAUUGCCCGCAUGGAGCACGCUGCGGAGGAGGCGGCGGCGAAUGUGGUCCAGGAUGCAAAGAAGGACAUAGUGCUCGCCCUAUUCCCGGACCUGGACGCCUCAUUGCUGUGA